AUGAGCAGCACCUUACCCCCUCAAGUGAACACCAUUGUUUAUGAAGGACAAUAUGCACCACAACUUACGGCUUUUGAUUUGCUAUUUAUCGGCGGGUUGGGUGACGGUUACUCCACCGUGCCAUAUCUCAACGAUAUCACCACAGCUCUCGAAGCUGAGAAAUGGUCUGUGUUCUCAGUAGAACUCACCUCAUCAUACAAGGGAUGGGGUUUGAGCAAUCUAGACAGUGACGUUGACGAGAUUGGCAAAUGUGUCGAGUACGUGAAGGGGUACAAAUCCGCCAGUGAGCAAGAACCUGGCAAGAUUGUGAUCAUGGGCCAUUCUACUGGAAGCCAGGAUGUGCUUCAUUACCUCUAUUCCCAAAAUCCAGGGCCGGAAGCUACGACUCCAAGACCCCCAGUGGACGGAGCUAUUAUGCAAGCUCCUGUUUCUGAUCGAGAAGCCAUACUCAAUAUCGUAAAAUCGGGAAAUGAUCAAGACACCCCGGCGGAGCUGACUCAAAUAUAUAACAAUCUCAUCUCCAUGGCGAAGAGCGAAAAGACCCUUGGGGGGAAGGAUGUCAUCUUGCCAAUUUGGAUGGUAGGGAAGGUAUACAUACCUGACACUGCCGUCUCUGCUACAAGAUUCCUUAGUUUGGCAAGUCCAGAUAGCCCGGAAGCUCCAGGGGAAGAUGAUCUGUUUAGCUCUGAUCUUACAGAUGCUAGACUUCAAGAGACGUUUGGUAUGAUUUCGUCUAAGGGCCUGUUGAAGAAGUCACUUCUUGUUAUUCCGGGCGGCGAUGAUGAAUAUGUGGCUCCGUGGAUUGAUAAGGAAAAGCUAUUGGAAAGAUGGAAGGCCGCAACGACGAAAAACUCGAAAAAUCCACACAUCUGGUCCACAGAUAGUGCCAUAAUUGUUGGAGCUAAGCAUUCGCCGAGCGGGCCUGAUCAAGCUCAACCGCGCAAGGAUUUGGUUUCAAGGGUUAAAGCUUUUUUGGCCGAUAUUGAGAGACAGAACUGA